CACACUCACACACACAAACUCAAGAACAUUCCUUCCUGAAGUGUUGAGGAAAGCGGUUCAAGAGCCACCAGAGAGAAGAAUGCCUGCCGCCGGCCUGGAGAUACUGGGGGUAACGUUGGCGGUGCUUGGCUGGGUGGCCAGCAUUGUGGCCUGUGCCCUGCCUAUGUGGAGGGUGACGGCGUUCAUCGGGGUCAACAUCGUGACGGCGCAGACCAUUUGGGAGGGCAUCUGGAUGAGCUGCGUGGUGCAGAGCACGGGGCAGAUGCAGUGCAAGGUGUACGACUCCAUGCUGGCCCUGCCCCAGGACCUGCAGGCCGCCCGUGCCCUGGAGGUCAUCGCCAUCAUCAUGGGGAUCCUGGCCCUACUGGUCUCCAUCGUGGGGGCCAAGUGCACCAACUGCGUGGAUGACGAGGCGACCAAGGCCAAAGUGAUGAUCGCGUCAGGGGUUACCUUCAUCGUCACCGCGGUGAUGCAGCUCAUUCCAGUGUGCUGGUCCGCUCACACCAUCAUCAUGGAGUUCUACAACCCCCUGGUCCUGGAGGCGCAGAAGAGGGAGAUCGAGACCAUGUCUGCCGGGCUCGAGAUUGUGGGCAUCGCCCUGGGCGUGGUGGGCUGGAUCAUCUCCAUCGUGGCCUGCGCUCUACCCAUGUGGAGGGUGACGGCGUUCAUCGGGAGCAACAUCGUGACGGCGCAGGUGAUCUGGGAAGGCCUGUGGAUGACCUGCGUGACGCAGAGCACCGGGCAGAUGCAGUGCAAGGUGUACGACUCCAUGCUGGCCCUGCCCCAGGACCUGCAGGCCGCCCGCGCCCUCACCGUCGUCUCCAUCAUCGUGGCCGUGCUGGCCGUCAUGAUCUCCAUCGUGGGGGCCAAGUGCACCAACUGCAUUGAGGACGAGGCGUCGAAGGCCAAGGUGAUGAUCAUCGCCGGCAUCUUCUUUGUUUUGGCCGGAGUGAUGCAGCUGAUUCCCAUGUGCUGGACGGCCAACACCAUCAUCAGGGACUUCUACAACCCCCUGCUGACCGACGCCCAGAGGAGGGAGCUGGGAGCAUCCCUCUACAUCGGCUGGGCAGCGGCAGCCCUCCUCAUCAUUGGAGGUGCCAUGCUGUGCUGCUCCUGUCCGCCCCGGGAAAAGAAGUACAACCCCUCCAGAAUGGCUUACUCUGCCCCACGCUCAACAGGUGGGGCCGGUUAUGACAAGAAGGACUAUGUUUGAACAACCUAAACUGCACUCUCCUGUAAGGAACUCGACCCUCCCCACCCCCAACCACCCAACCGCCCUUUUGUGCGAUAGAAAAUUAACAUGCAAAAAAGGGCACCAGAAAAAGACUCCGCGAUGAAGGGAUAUGUCUGCUAUUGCCUUUUGCUUGUUUGUGAUCUGUUGCAGCACAUUUCUUUUCAAAGAGCCAUGGAGCUCGAGCUUUGACCUAUAUCUCAUCUGCCCUCUCUGUGUUUGGUAGAAGGUAAAUGCCGGACACACUGCUACACUGCUACAUUUAUUUACAUUACAUUACAUUGCAACAUUACUUACAAGGAAAAUUGUUUAUAUAUAUAAUGAGUAAAACACUUGAACAAACACUAUAUGCAACUUAUUUGUGUAUAUAAUAACUGACUGUGGACACUUAUCUGCAUGAUGUAAAGUGUACUUGCUUCUCUAAGCAAUUUAUUUAUUUGAUUUUUACUAACAAAAACCAAAACAAUGGCUCCAAAUAACAUAACGUGGAAGUCCUGUGUCCUUACUGUUACAAUCUGAAAUGUUUUAACAAAAGCACAGAAGGAGUAGAUGAGAUCAGUGUGAACAUAUCAUCUGCAAAGCGAAAAUAUAAAAUGCUUUCUCCUCACAUGCUUCUUGUUUUUUGCUGUAUAACUGCACAUAUUUUUGAUAAAUAGGUUGUGCUGUUUUGUUACAUUUCUUAUUUGUUUUGUUGUGUUUGUAUUCCAAAGCAGAUUUUGUAAUUUUAUGAUAGGAAACUUUGAAAUUGUAUAAAUGUUUUGUUAUCUGGCUUUAAGGGUGAACAUCAUGUCCUGUGAAUACGGUGCAGUCUCCAGAGCUUUGAGUCAUGGAGACAAGCUGGCAUAUUUAACAAAGAGCCCAAAGCUCUUCAGUGAAGGAGCACAGCCAGGAAGCACACUGGGGGGAGAUUACUUUUCACUGCAUAUGAAAAGCAGGCUUCCAGCACACCUGUGCACAGCCAUAAUACCACUGCUCUGCUUGUCCUCCAUUUCAAAUGGGAAAUUCUGAUCCUGUUUUGCAGUUUUAUUUUUCAAUUAAACAAUUGGUAUGUUUGUA